CUCUUUGAUUCUGCCUCUGACAUUCUUCUCUUUAGUUUUCUGUUUCUGGGUUUAUUUAUUUUUUUGUUUCAUUGGUUUCGAUAACCAUGAAUGCUCUCGCUGCAACCAACCGUAACUUCCGUCAUGCUGCUCGUAUCCUUGGACUGGAUUCGAAGCUCGAAAAAAGUUUGCUGAUCCCUUUCAGAGAAAUCAAAGUGGAAUGUACGAUCCCCAAAGACGAUGGAACUCUGGUUUCGUAUGUUGGAUUUAGAGUUCAACAUGAUAAUGCUCGUGGGCCGAUGAAAGGAGGGAUCCGAUACCAUCCCGAGGUCGACCCGGAUGAGGUCAAUGCUCUGGCUCAAUUAAUGACAUGGAAGACUGCUGUAGCUGACAUUCCAUAUGGUGGAGCAAAAGGUGGGAUUGGGUGCUCCCCAAGGGAUCUAAGUAUGAGUGAGUUGGAACGCCUAACUCGUGUCUUCACUCAGAAGAUCCAUGAUCUUAUUGGAAUUCAUACUGAUGUUCCUGCUCCUGACAUGGGAACUAAUGCACAGACAAUGGCUUGGAUUUUGGAUGAAUACUCAAAAUUUCAUGGUCACUCACCAGCUGUUGUAACUGGGAAGCCUAUAGAUCUUGGUGGAUCACUUGGUAGGGAGGCUGCAACUGGACGAGGUGUUGUUUUUGCGACAGAGGCUCUGCUUGCUGAAUAUGGAAAGUCCAUUUCAGAGAUGAGAUUUGUUAUCCAGGGUUUUGGGAAUGUGGGAUCAUGGGCAGCAGCGCUUAUUCACGAGAGAGGUGGCAAGGUUGUUGCAGUGAGUGACAUUACUGGUGCAGUAAAAAAUCCAAAUGGGCUUGAUAUCCCUGCUUUGCUUAAACACAAAGAUGACGGUGGAAGUUUAAAAGAUUUCCAAGGUGGAGAUGUCAUGGAUAUGAAUGAAUUGCUUGUGCAUGAUUGUGAUGUUCUCAUUCCAUGUGCCUUAGGUGGUGUCCUUAACAGGGAUAAUGCAGCAGAUGUGAAGGCCAAGUUCAUAGUUGAAGCUGCAAAUCACCCAACUGAUCCUGAAGCAGAUGAGAUUCUAUCCAAGAAAGGAGUUAUCAUACUCCCUGAUAUUUAUGCUAAUGCUGGAGGUGUGACUGUGAGCUAUUUCGAGUGGGUUCAGAACAUUCAAGGUUUCAUGUGGGAGGAAGAGAAGGUGAAUAAUGAACUGCAGCGGUACAUGACAAGGGCAUUCCGUGACAUCAAGGCAAUGUGCAAGACUCAUGACUGCAACCUCCGCAUGGGUGCCUUCACAUUGGGGGUGAAUCGGGUUGCGCGGGCCACUCUUCUUAGGGGUUGGGAAGCAUAAAACAUUUCUUCUUGUUUUAGCUGAAGAAGACAGAGUCAUAGUUCUCAUCUACCUUUAGAUUUUUUUUUUCUUUUUUCAGAAAGUGGGGGUCGGGGGG